GUGGGCUGCAGCAAUCGCCGCAGCUUCAGGUACUAGCAGUAACCUCCUCCUCAUCAUAGUCUAUCUGGUGUGCAUGGCCAGGUUUCCUAAACGUACCCUCAACAUUCUCAGUCUCAUGAUGUGCGACCUGGGCAACAGCGCUCUUACCCUCGUAAUCCACCUCGCUAGCAGAGACAAGCUGCUGGCAAAGGGAGUGGACGUGAUAGCUCCAAUGACACUUGCACUGCAGAUUGGUUCCAUAUUCCACAUCAACUCCAUCGUUGUUACCAGGUUGAUAGCCUGUGCUAAACCGUUCUGCUACAAAAGAUGGGUAACUCGGAGACGGGUUCUGUGCACCGUCCUCUCAGCUUGGGUUAUCAGCUCCAUUCUUCUACUCCAGAUCCUGUUAAACUCGAAGCCAGAGCAACCCAGACAAUACCCUGUAGACGUGCUGGCGACUAACAGUCAGCUAGUCAUGUCCUGCCAGCUAGCCCUCAUGAUCAUUCUUACCAUCCUACUGGGGACUAUGAUACGUCACGUGGCCUACCAACUCAUCAACUACAAGAAACGGGACACUAACCUCCACAAACCACAAACAAGAGAUUCGCGGAAACGAUGCAGUCCAGAAGCUGGCAACAUUGCCUCGAGCAGAAGUCGCACAAAACUAACACCCAGCAAGUGCAACACAGGUGGCAUCCGUAAAGACUUUAUCUUAACCAGGCACAUCUACAUAAUAGUGUGGUCGGUGAUCCUAUUGACUUUUUACCAUGUGAUGUACGCUGCACCUAUUAUUUACAUGGCUGCUCAAAAACACUUGAGCACCUCCCAUCGGGAGAUUUUGCGGGAAUUUUGUGUUCUGGGCGGGACUUUCGGGACGCUCGUUAAUUCGAGCUUGUUUGCGGUACCCCUCAUAAAAGGGAAGCUUAUGAUUGGCAAUUCUAAUAAGAUUACAGAACGAGAAAGACAAAGGUAGUACACACUGUACAAUUUUCAAGGGUUGCAUGCUGUGAGUGUCGAGUUCAGAAACGUUAUGCUGGAAGUGGAAUGGAACUUUAAAAUAAUAAAAUCAUAAUGAUUUUGUGACCCAUUUCAUAAUUCUGUUGUUUGUUCGUUCUGACAAUCUUUGUAUAUUUAUAUCCAUAUAAAUGAAAGUAUGCGAAUGAAAAGGUUUAGUUACUUUUUUUCUGAUCGUGGAAAGUUACUUUUAUUUAUUUUAUUUCAUUGUCAGUGAAGGAUUCAAUUAAAGCUAAGCCUAAAGGCAAAGCGUGUUUUUACUUUUCACUAAAUCUGCCAGCCGUUUUUAUUUUUCACCCGAUUCGAUUUUUACCCUGUAUGUAAAUGUUGCGGCGAGGGAAGUCUCGGAUUUUAAG